AUGUGUUUGCAGUUUGACGAGUUUGCUGAAUCGCAUGGUCUUCACUAUAACAAGAGAAAUCUCCGUGAACUUGAACUGUAUGAAAGCGCAGCAGAUGGUGCAACUGUGGGUAAAUAUGGAGCUCGACAUACUAACUGUGAAGAGUUUCGACAGUUCCUCAGCGGUAUCAAGGCGCAAAAAUACCAUCUACAGUAUGCUUCCGUCAAAUGUGGUGCGAUGACAUUCUCAUUCUGCAUGGCAUUUGCUUGUCAACCACAUCUUUACGUAGCUUAUACCACCUCAGGAUACUAA